AUGCCGCGCAGUUUGAUGUGCCAGCGGGACCCGCACUGCUCGCACCGCAGCGCUCCCGGCUCACUCACACCGCCCGAAUGGGCAGCCCCAACUGUCCGAGAUCACUUUCCUGAUGCCAGAUUCAUGGGGUGUUUUCCCGGCUCCUCCCAGCACUGUGCUUCCGAGAUAAAAGCAGCAUCAACCUCCUGUGUAUCCACUCGCAAGGGCAGGCUCCCCUCUGACUCCCAUCGCUCCUUUCGAUCACGAACAUCUAUCGCCCGAGGCCAAACCACACUGGUGGCUCUAACAGGGCCACAAAGGCUUCCAGCCAGCGGUGCCGCUACAGCCAGGCCCCACAGUCCCUCACAGCGCCCCGGGGGCGGGGCCUCCAUUACCGGGGCCCCUCCCCCGAGCGCGGCCGGGGCGCCUGCGCAGUGCGCGCGGGCGGAGGCGCGGGAGCGGCGCGCUCAGGGAUCGGUCGGGCCGGGUAGGGCCGCUCUGCGGGGUAGCCCCGCCGCCGCUCCCGCCUCCGCCGCCUCUUCUUCCUCCUCCUCGCCGCCGCCGCCGCAGCGGCAGUUGACGCUGCUCGUGAUGCAGCCCGGCGGCGGCGAGGAGGCGGCGGCGGGGGUGGUGCUGCAGCCGAGCGCCGACACGCAGCUGCCGCCCUCCGCUAGCGGCGGCCUCAUGGUGUUCUACGAGCUGGGGCCCGCCGGCGAGGUGGAGGUGGCGGAGGAGGAGGCCGAGGCGGCGGGCGGCGAGAGCACGGCCAGCCUGGAGGAGCUGGAGGAGGAGGAGGUGGCGGCGGCGGGGGCUGCGAGCGGCGAAGCGGCGGCGGGCGGCGAGUGCAAGAGCUGCACGUACGAGGGCUGCAGCGAGACCACCACGCAGGUGGUGAAGCAGCGCAAGCCCUGGAUGUGCAAGCGGCACCGCAACAAGAUCUAUAAGGACAAAUACAAGCGCAAAAAGAGCGACCAGGCCCUGGGGGCCGGCGGGGCGGCGGCCGCGGGGGGCGGCCCGCGGGCCGAGGAUAGUGUUGAAGGUUCAGUGUCUGUGACAAAGCAGAGAUCAGGAUCCAUUGGAGAUCGCCCAGCAAGACCUACUCUUUUAGAACAAGUAUUGAAUAAAAAGAGGCUGUCCCUACUCAGAAGCCCAGAAGUAGUGCAGUUUCUACAGAAACAACAGCGACUGUUAAGUCAACAAGCUUUGGAACAAAGGCAGCAACAGUUUCAAGGAGCACCUGGGUAAUGAGGAAAGAUCAGUGAUCUGCAGAUGAGUCUGGUGCUGAAGGAGGGACAGGAUCUGUAUUUUGUAUAAAUACGAAGAAUCUCAAUGUUUAAACAUGAAUGGAAGUUGCUGUUGUUAUGUAUUUGUUUCUUGUUUGCACUUUUGAGGUUUUGAGCUGCUUGGGUGUCUGCAAACUUGUGAGUAAAUCAUAGAAUGACCUGGGUUUUGUUAUGGAAACUUCCCAGUCUGACCAUUCAUGAGACUCUCUGACAGUCACUCUCCUAGUGCCAGAGACUUUAACUUCUGGAACCAAAGCUCCGUCACUGCGGGUAGCUCCAGUGAUCUGACAGGUGCCCCAUUUGACUCCCUGCAAAGCCGGCUCACAGUCAGACCAGAUUUCCUUCCUGGUUUGACCCCAAGUCCCAGACACUGUGUUCCAUGAAGCAGUUUAUUAACAGUGUAAAAUACAGAAGCAGCCUGGGCUAGUGUCUCCUAGGAGGGAUCUCAGACAAAGAAACUCCUGGGCUUUUAUACCAUCCCAGUGUAAGGCAAGCCUCAUUCUUCUCCUUCGUCUUCCUUGCUGAAUCUUCUCAUGGCACCUCCUGCCAUGUCCCUGUGUCCAUUCACCUGGCUAGCCACUCAUGUUCAAGCCUUUUGUUAUGCAAAGAACUGGCAGUUCACUGCCUCCUGUGUUGAUCCCACCCACAGCUCAAUUUGCACCUCAACCUGUAUCUCUUAACUGCAGCUUACAAAUCAGCUACCUGCACCAGAUGUAUUCCUCUGUAGUUGGAAAGGACCUUAAAAGAUCAAGUUCCAACUCCCCUGCUUUGAACAGAUCACCAUGAGAACAAUCAGGUCACCAUGAAGCUGCCUCUUUUCCAGACUGAAUAAUCCAAAUUCUCUCAGCUAUUCCUCAUAGGUGUGGUCUUCCAUCCCUCUAAUCAACUUGUGACCCAACUCUGGAUUUGCUGUAACAAAUGUCCUUCCUAUGUUGUGGGUUCCAGAGCUGGAUGCAGUCCACUAGACAGGGUUUCAUCAGAGCAAAGGAGGGGCUAUGAUGGGUUGACUUUGGCUGGACACACAGAUUUAUAAAUUUUCAUUACCUGCUCUCCCCUGUCCUUUCACAGAUCAGUAUUAUUUUCCCAUCUCAAGAGCAUCCUCCACCUCUCCAGAUGUCUAAAAUCAGGCCAUGACUUGGGCUAGAUUCUAUCAAGAUGGGUGCUCAGGAAAGGAAAAACAACACAAUUAUUUGGCACUAGUGUUGGCCCUGUGCCUCCUACUUUCCUUAUUCCUCACAAAAUUCAUGCUUUAUCAGUUCAUGUCAUUUUUGCUGUUUUACUUUUGCAACAUACAACUUACACCACAAAUUAUUUUCCCCCCAAGGGUAAAUCUCCUUGGAGCACACACCAGGUCUCCCCAUCCUUCUGCAUUACCCACAAAGUACACCUAGGUAUUUGAACAAAGACAGUCAUAUAAAUGGGUUUGCUUUUUCUUAUAGGGAGAGAAAUACACCCCGAUUUUCCCAGCAACUUUCUGUGUAUAGUAUGGGGACCUUAUCUCCUCCUCGCAUUGCGUAGGGGUUUUGUCUGGGCAGGACCAGGGAGGUUUGCAGAUCCCCUGGUAUUAAUGAGCCAGGUGGCUUCUGUUAAAUAUACAUACCAAUCCUUCCAUGCCCCAAUACCUAACACUUGUAGCAUAGUCUUCAGCAGGCCAUUAUACCUCAGAAUCUUUCCAGAGGCUUAUGGGUGAUACAGGAUGUAUGUCUACUCAAUACCGUGUUUCUUUUACCAAGAGUUUAUUGGGUCGUUUUGAAAAAGAGUGCUGUUGUCUGAUUUGAUUCUCUCCAGGGUACCAUGUUGCCACAAAAUGUGUCUCUCAAGACCUGAGAUGGUGUCUUGAGCAGAGGCAGUGGUUUACAGGGUAUGUUGCCAGCCAGUUGUUGCCUCUACCAUGGUCAGUAUGUAACGCUAGCCUUGGUGUGUUCAUGGCAGUGGUCUGAUUUGCCAGGCCUCACCAUACUGGAAACUCAGUUGCUGCCCUCUAUUCCAAGGAAAGUUUACUUCAUUGGCUUGGUUGAUUGCAGCACUGCUUCUCAUUCAAGAAUGAUCUGUGCAAUGGCCUCCAUAGUCAGGUCCAGCCAUCAAUGAUGCACCCAUCUGUCUGUUACAACUGAUGUUUCAUGGCCUCAUCACGUUACAAGCAGCUUGCCCUUCCAGUCCAAGUGUACCUAAAUUAAUUCAGUUUUGGCAGCCUGUUCAUUGGUAAUCCUGUUCAUUUUUUUGACAUUCUUCAGUGGUGUGGAUUUUGGGCAUGAUGUACCUUUCCAGUCAUGUUUUCGACCUGUGCACUGAUGUCCUACCCCAGUGCAGGUACAGUCCAGCCCAGAUGGGUUUAUCCCUGUGUUGCCAAUUGAUCUCCUUCCAUUUUGCAGCCACCUCCAUAGGGCAUGAGCUACCAUCCAGGAGUCAGGAUAGAGGCAGGUCACUUUUCCCAUUCAGCAGUCUCUGAGGCUAGUUUGGAUGGCUUUCACCUCUGCAAACUGGCUUGACUUGCCUUCUCCUUCAGCAGCCUCAAUGACUUGUCUGAUGCUGCCAUGCAGCAGGAUCCAUCACUAAAUAGGGCAUAACUUCUUUCUGGUAACUCAUUAUGUGGGGGUGCUUCUUGUGCACAAGUCUUCUCUGGCAGUGCUCCAAAAUCUUUGCCUUCUGGCCAGUCCAUGAUUUUUUUCCAGAAUUCCCAAUUGAGCUCAUGUAAUCAAUGCUACCCUUUACCUCAAUGCUACCCUUUACUUCAUGUACCACUGGCUGUGUGAUAUGUUAAAUGGAUGUUUCCUUUGAAAUCUGGAGAAGUAUUUUCCAAUUAUUUUUAAACCUUCAUUUUAAUAUUUGUUAAUAAAAAAUUGUUUAUGGUAGCAGUGUUUAGCUGUACACCCUUUUCCUGCCAAAGGUAUAAUUAACAUUUUUCUAUAUAAACAUUUGCAGUUAAACAAGUCAGUCUUUGAUGACAAUCAUUGAUGGAAGUCAGUUACUUUCUUUGGACACUAUGAAACAAAGUUCUGGAGUUGAGCCAGUCCAGCAAUUGCUCAGGGAUCUGAGAAAUUUAUAUCCUGUAGAAUCCUGCACUAAAGGCAAAGACAACAUGCCAUCAAGAAUUCAAUCCAGCAGUUCAGAAAAGUACAAGUAGGUGAUCUGUUCAUUACCUGCAAGUUGAGUAGGUUUGAAAUGUUUCAUUGUGCAUAGCAUGUAAAAGAAUUUACAUUGAAAAGUUCCUGAAGUGAUAAAUGGCAAAAAGCAUUAAAAAGUAUUUGGUGGAAAGUAUGAAACUGGGAGUUGGACCUUGUUACAUGGAUAUGUGAAAUAUAACUUAAUCACAGAUCAGAAUACCACUAAUUUUUAAUUUUAAUAGUCACUAAUUUUUAGUGAUUAAAUUUUAAAGCUUAUAACUCGUAAUAAUAAUUCAAAAUCUAGUCUUUUCUCAAAAAGACAACAGAUCUUUUUGGUAAGACAACAGGUCUCUAAUCAGCUGUAGUGCUAGACUUCACAGGUUUUCAUCCAAUUGAGAUUAACUUGUAAUUGAUUGGGUUAAGAAUCCAAACACUAUUAUAUAAGUGUUAAAUCACAUGUUUUAUGUAUAAAAAGUUUUGUAUUAAGGCACAUUUCUGAAUAGAGAUUAUCCAAAUGGGUUAGGUGCUUAUUACCAAGUGCUACUUUUAUAUUGCAGCAGUUUGAUCCACUAAAUAAUACCUCUUCAGCGGUAGUUGUUAAUCUUACGGAUUUUUACAAGCUGUGCUUUUUGUAUAUACAAAACUUGUUCUGUAGGGAUUUAUUGUAUUUAGCAUUGUGCAAGUCGUUUUUUAAAAAACUUGAAAAACUUUGUGUAAACGGUUCUGGACUGGUGAGUAAAUUCUUUGGUUUUUCUUUAAAAAAAAAGUCUGUUUUUCUUUGUUUUGUUAAAUUUGUAUGGGUUUUUCUUCCUGUGCUAAAACAGCCAGUUCUGACAAGACGGCAUUUUGUGUUUCAAGAUCUUGUUAUUUUAGAAUUAAGCAAAAUCAGAUUCCUUUUCAGUGUGUAAGAAUAUAUGUGAAAACAUAAUUGGCAAAAAUUGCAGAAUAAUGUAUUUGAUUUUGUUUUAAAUGAUCAGCUUAUAAAAGGUGAACAGCUCAUUUGGGUGGACAGAUCUGAUUAAACUUUUAAAAAAUCCAAACCCUCAGGGCAGAAAAUUGGCACAGGGAGUGUUGGUUAAGACAGUGCUGACCAAGUUGUUUAUGACAAAACAAAUGGAAGUUGCUGAAGCUGUGCAUAGAGAUGUUCAGUACAGUACAGCUUGCCUAUCCUGUAUUUUUGGUAGUCUGUGAUAGCAGCACCAUCAGGCUGGUGCAGACACUGGGAAAUGUGCUGGGAGCAGCACUCUCCUGUUUGGGCAGAAGAUUGGAUGGGAUUCCCAAGCCAACACUGCAUAGCUCUGAGGCACAUUUUGUGUUGUCUACUCCCUUUUGUUAUUGCAGAACAAAAUCUGAAUUUUAGGGAGAUGAAAAUGUGGCACUUCUGUAAGAGUACAUUCUUACUAGAUCUCUCCUUGUCCUUGAGCAGUUCAAGAACUGCACAGCUGCAAGACUGUUUUUCCACUAACGUCAGUCUGGUCCAGAGGGAAGGCUUCUGUCACAGGGCAGCAUCACUGUUCAUUGAAUGUCUGUCAGAUCAGAGCUGUCCCCAUCAAAAGAAGACUGACCACCCUCUUGAAUCAUCAAAUCUACCCUAGGACAGUGAGGGAUUCAUAUACCGUACAUGGAGAUUUUAUGCUGAAUUAAUUUUCAACACAUUUUCUUGUGUCGAACAUCCCAUUACUCACUUAGUGCAAUUACUGAUUCCUCUUGCCUAAGACCGAGUUGUAUGAAAAAAGGCUUUCUAAAUGUUCCAGUUCCCAAAGUCACUUGUGGUCAUACUGGGACCUACAGCCAAUCUCUUUAAAAGAGAAGAAUGGGAGACAACAAGGGAAGGAGCUCUUAAAACAGAAAAAUCUUUAUUAACAGUAAAACACAAGACGUGAAUAAUCCCUUUUACAAUAGAAUAAUUCCAGCCAAAGAAAGUGGAGUGCAUAAAAAAGUGUAUUGUUCAGACUAAAUGUGUUGUCUUCAGAAUGCCUCAAAUAAAAUGCAGCAGAAUGAA